UUUCGUUGGCUAAUACAGCAGCUAGCGCUGGUUUACAACUCGUCAAAUCAAUUCGGAUCACUUUAGCAAACGUAACCAGCUAGCUAAGCUAACGAUCUGCAAACCCCUACAACGAACUCUGCUGCAUUUCAGGUGGAAGAGACCAUGAUGACCUUAUCAACUGAUCCUUACAUAAUUGAACGUGUUCAAAUGGGGAGACAGUCCUUACUCUCAAAUAACUGAUAAUUUGAGAAAAGAUACAUUGGUAGAUUUUUAAUUAAGUCACAUUGUUUUGGCAAAUAUGCUUGACACCAUGGCCAAAUCAGUGACCCUGACAUGCCCAACAGUUUGUAAAAAAGAGAUGAAAAUCAGAAACAUGUUUUGGUCCCUGUUUUCUUUUUCUUAAGUUAUUUCAGCUCACUGCAGCAGAAAUAUUUAACAGGACAGUACAUUUUCCACAAAAGAAAAAAGCUUGUAUGUGGAUGCUGCCCUGCUCAGAUGAGAAGCCAAAUAUUUGAUUCCUUUGUUUGAUAUUUUUUUUUAAACUCAAAUGGAGACAUACGGCCCUAAUUCAUAUUUCUCAUUUAUGAAAAAAGAACCUCUGUGGGUCAAUAACCGUAGUGGCUGGAGGACUUGCUGAAGCCCCAUCUGUGAGCUCCUGGCUGGGGCUGUGGGACACCAUCCAACCCUGAGAUGCUCCAGACCAAUAAUUACUCGCUGGUCCUGCUAAUCCAGCUAGCUCUUCUGGCUUUUGACCUGUUUGUCAACUCCUUCAGUGAACUUCUGAGGGCAGCUCCAGUCAUACAGCUAGUGCUGUUCAUAAUCCAGGACAUUGCUAUUCUGUUUAAUGUGAUCAUUAUCCUGCUCAUGAUGUUUAACACAUACGUGUUCCAAGUGGGGCUGGUGUCUCUGCUGCUGGAGAGGUUCCGAGCACUGCUCAUCCUGUCUGCUCUCUAUCUCACUCUCAGCAUCUGCCUUCACUGCUGGAUCAUGAAUCUGAGGUGGAUGGAGUCAAACAGUUUCGUGUGGACAAGCGGCUUACAGGCGCUUUUUGUUUUCCAGAGAUUAGCUGCUGUGCUAUACUAUUACUUUUACAAACGCACCACAGAAUACCUUGGAGAUCCAAGACUUUAUGAAGAUUGUCCCUGGCUCCGUGAUGCCUUUGCCCGAGCUCGACAAUGACCAGGCCUGACAAACAACUGGAAGUGAUAGCAUGUUGAGCAGAGUCUGAUACAUUUAUGUGAUUUAAUAAAGACACUGCAUGUGUUUGCAGUGCAUGAAUGUCAAGAAACUAAACUAGAAUGUCAGGGGUAAAGGAUCCCUAAGUAUGGCUGAAUGAACACAAGUGUUGAGCAUGUACUAUACGUGGAGCCAGCAGCUCGAGUGCAAACAUGAGCCAAUAUGGCUCUCCUUGCAGAGGACACCAAUAAACACCAAAACCAAUGGAAUUUAAAAAGUAGAUCUAGGCAUUUGCAUCGAGAAUUUUUAGUCAUUUCAAUGGCAAUAAUAAGCAUAAAGGAAUAAAGUUGAUCACAAAGGUAUUCAAACCAAUUCCCACUUUUAGCUUUAUCACCUUUAGACUGUGUACAAUUUCUCACAAAGCCAUUUUUAAACUGUAGUGUUUAGUUUUAUUAAAUGUUUAUUCAUUUGGUAUACAAAAUAUCUAGGUUUGCAAAAAAAAACGUGCCACCUGUGAAUACUUGCAUAGAUCUUCCUGCUACUCCUUAGGAAUAAAUGCUCUAAUGUAUCAGGAAAGUAGCAUAUCGUAUUUAAGUUUUAAAAGAUGUUUAUGUUGGUUUAUGACUGUUGAAUGGUUUUACAGAUAAACAGUGGUUUCAAGAUAAUGGUAGAUUAGAGAUUUUGUAAAUGUCAAAUUUUGUAAAUUUUCAGAAACUGACCAAGUGUUGAUUAAUUGAAUUGGCUGUACUUAUGUAACUUUAUUUUUGUAUGUUUGAUCAUCUGAUUUGUACAUUUCUUUUUGCUGAAUUCAUAUGUUUUUGGUAUACUGCAACUAGUUUUACAUGAUGUAAAGUUGUCUGUCAGAAAGCAUGACCAAAAGUGCCUCUUAAUCAUGCUCCAUGUCUGUAGCCACUACUUUGCAUUAAUGUUUAGUAGUGAAAUAUUAUUACUUU